UUGUCCUUUUUUGAAACUGGGGUCUUUUGCUUAAGGUGCCGCCACUGGCUGGCAUCAACAUCUUUAAACUGUAUUGAAACACUGACCUGGAGUUUUAGAGAGGCUUCAAAAAUGAGCACUUUGAGAGCAUAUAAAGAACCAUUUGGUAAGCACCUAACAAAUCUCCCUGUGUUUUGAAGCGGAGAGAAUCAACUCAGAGCCGGUGGAGGACACAGACACCACCACCUUUGUGGCAGAACUUUCUUUAGAAGCCAAUUACCCUGUGCAAGUCACUGAUCCUAAUGAUGCUGUGACACUCCACCUGAGCUCCAUGCCCUCUGGAUACUUGAGCCCCUCCAAUAGAAUCAGGCAGCCAGUGAAAGACAGUGAAGAAUGUACCUGCCCAACAUCUACGUCACCAGCCUAUUCGUUUCAUAUGUCCUCAUUUGUAUGUCUCUGCCAAGAAGACUACCCCAAAGAACUCCAAUUACAGCUUAACAGCCCUUGUGAAAAAUGCUGUCGUCCUGCACCUCCUCCCAAGAUCAGUGACCUCCUGAACGACAAAGAUCUUCUGGACUUAUUGCGACUCAAGCUGGACCCGAACCACUGCACUGUCAAAAACUGGAAGAACUUUGCGAGCCGCUGGGGGAUGAGCUACGACGAGCUCACCCUGCUGGAGUACCGGACCCAAGGUUCUCUGUCCCACAGCCCCACCCAGGAGUUCCUACUCCGUUACAACCAGAAACCUGUCACCGAGCUCACUGAACUGUGUCGCUUUUACCAGCGGAUCGACGUGUUGCGAUUGCUGCAGAGCUGGAUGGAAAAGGAUUGGCCAUCACGCUGGCAGCAAGCAAAUUAACUUCUUUCACGAAUUAUCCACUGGGUCUUUCUCCUGUUUUUUCUCUAUGAUUUUUCUCAUACUGUUUGAUAUACAGUACAUUGGACUACAUAAUAUUGUUUGCCACUGUUUAUUGCACACCAAUAACAAAGAAAUAAACAGCUUCAUCUUAAUUUUUGUCUCAGGAAACUAUGGAUAAUCAAAUAAAAUUUCUGAACCGUCUGAAAUGUUGA